GUGUUUCCAGUUCCAUCUGAAGCAGAGAGAGAGAGAGAGGUAGUAAAAUUGUAUUGAAACAUAAACCCAUUCAUGGCUGAUCCAGUAGAAACCCUCCAACCACAUGUACUCAUCUUCCCCCUCCCAGCACAAGGCCAUGUAAAUUCCAUGCUCAAGCUCGCCGAGCUUCUCUGCCUCUCUGACUUCCACGUCACCUUCCUCGUCUCCGACCACACCCAUGAUCGCCUCCUCCGUCACACAGACGUUCACAAGCGUUUCGAACACUAUCCUAAAUUUCGGUUCCAAACGUUUUGCGAUGGAAUCCCAGCAGAGAGCGCUCGAUCUGGAAAUGAUUUUCUAACGGAGCUGAUUGUUUCUUUGAAAACCGUAAUAAAACUGUUUUUCAGAGAACUGCUUUUUCGCUCUAAUUGUCUGAGCUCUGAGACGAAUCGGCCUGUAACGUGCAUGAUAACAGAUGGGGUAUUGAGUUUCGCUAUUGAUAUUGCUGAAGAGAUGGGUAUUCCCAUCAUUUAUUUCCGAACAAUCAGCGCUUGUGCCUUCUGGGCUUACUUUUGCAUUCCUCAACUCAUUGAAGCUGGCGAGCUUCCCUUCAAAGGAAACAAUUUGGAUGUACCAAUAAAAAGCAUACCGGGCAUGGAAGCUUUUCUCCGGCGACGUGACCUUCCUGGUAUUUGUCGUACCGAUGACUUAAACAACCCGGAUUUCCAGUUUGUGUCGACUGAGACCAGGCAAACAACACGAGCUCAAGCCCUCAUACUCAACACAUUCGAAGACCUAGAAGGACCCAUACUCUCUCACAUACGAAUUCGCAUGCCAAACGUCUACACAAUUGGACCACUCCAUUCACACCACAAGACAAGGCUGGCAGCAACAGCACCGCCAAUGGUGGCAACCACCACGUCGAACAGUCUCUGGGAAGAAGAUAGCAGCUGCAUAACGUGGCUCGAUGCACAACCAUCACAAUCUGUGAUCUAUGUAAGCUUCGGAAGUAUUGCGACCAUCACAAACCGUCAACUGAUGGAGUUGUGGCAUGGUUUGGUGAAUAGUGGGAAGCGGUUUUUGUGGGUCAUACGAUCACAAUUGGUCACCAGCGGAGAUGGAGAGGCCCAGAUUCCGGCAGAGCUGUUAGAGGCGACGAAGGAAAGGGGGUACGUGGUCGGGUGGGCCCCACAAGAAGAGGUCCUAGACCACCCGGCCGUUGGCGGGUUUUUAACUCACAGUGGGUGGAACUCGACUUUAGAGAGUAUAGUUGCUGGAGUACCAAUGAUAUGUUGGCCUUACUUUGUGGAUCAACAAGUGAAUAGUAGGUUUGUUGGAGAGGUGUGGAAGCUUGGGAUGGAUAUGAAGGACACUUGUGAUAGAGACAUUGUUGAGAAGAUGGUCAAGGAUCUAAUGGAGGUAAGGAAAAGUGAGUUGGUUCAAUCGGCUAAUCGGAUGGCUGAGUUGGCUGGAAAAGCCAUUGGUAAAGGGGGAUCAUCUUUUUGUAAUUUGGACCGUCUGAUCGAAGACAUCAAACUGAUGAGCAUGCAAUCACCCAAAAUAACUUGAAUUGUUUUCAACAAAAUUUGUGUUAUUCGUUAUUUGAAAAUAAUAAAGCAUCUUUAUUUAGUCAACA